AGUAUGUUUCCUGAAGUCAUUUCUCUUACUUCCUUUAUUCUUCAGAGUCGUGUUCUUAUAGACCUUUUAAGACAGUGGGCCCACUCUCGGUAAGAAACAAUAGAUCCGCCGCUGUCUCAUUUAGGACUAGAACUGUCAAUCGCUACAUUAACUCGGUUACGCUUUUUAUUUCAUUGAGCUGGAUAGUAGAUCUAAAUAAUACAUCGCCCUUAUGAAAAUAGGAAAAUAAGAAUGCCCUGAUAAAGUUUUAGAAACAAAAUGACCUGCCAACUAUUAAGUUUGAGGUUGUAAACAUUCGUAAUACUUUGCUGCAGUAUACAACCUUACUUGUAGAACUGAACUCUUGAAUUAUGGGAUUAUUAGAGGUUGAGGCUUCCCCGGCUUUAGCAGCGGCUAGUACCUGCUCCAACACAGCCCUGAAGUGGGCCAUCAUCAGUGGACUGGUUGGCCUGUUAGGCACUGCGGGCGUUCUCGUGGGCCUACACGCCACGGGAAAUUUAACACCAGAAACUACUAAAGGAAGUCAAUCUGCUCUCGAGGGCCAGCCAUUGGAGUCUGCAAGUAACAUGAUAAACACAGCGCUGAUUGCUGCUCAGCUUGAUCCAGUGAAGGAUGCGGCAUCUGACGCUGUAGGAAAUAUCAAAGACGCCCUUCCAGAUUUAGGAAGUGUUCAAGAAGCUCUUUUUGACGCAGGGAGCGAUACACAUGACACCUUGUCCGAUCUUGGGGGAGAUGUGCACGACACCUUGUCCGAUCUUGGUGGAGAUGUGCAUGACGCUUUGUCCGAUGUUGGGGGCGAUGUACAUGACGCCUUGUCCGAUGUUGGCGGCAAUAUAAAUGAUGCCCUUUCAAAUGCUGGGGACAGCGUGAAAGACACUUUAUCAAGUCUUGGGGACAACAUAAAGGAAUCAAUACCUGAUGUGGGAGAAAGUGUAGCAGAUAGUGUCGAUGGCGAUAUGGAUAUUGACGAUGAGGAUGAGCUUGGCGACAUUAUCGCGGCGAUGGCCAGUGUUUCUGACGACAUUGUGGAUUCAGCCAAAGAUGUCGCCGAGAAAGUGCUUGAUGCUGCUGAAGACAUGGAUCCACAAGAAUCAUCCGACGUUGAUCUCCUGGAGUUGAGCGACACCCUUGAAGACCUUGACGUUGUCGCCGAGAAAGUGCUUGAUGCCGAUGAAGACAUAGAUCCACAAGAAUCAUCGGAUGCUGAUCUCCUGGAGUUGAGCGACACCCUUGAAGACCUUGACGUUGUCGCCGAGAAAGUGCUUGAUGCUGCUGAAGACAUGGAUCCACAAGAAUCAUCCGAUAUUGAUCUUCUGGAGUUGAGCGACGCCCUUGACGACUUUGACGUUGUCGACGACGCCAAGAAUGCAGGGGAUGUGUUGGGCAGUGCAGCCAAGGAAGUGUCGGAGAAAUUAGCCACCGGGGCAAAAGACGCGGCUGAAAAUGUUGGCGACGGAACGAAAGAGAUUGUGAGUAAGGCUGGCGAGUUAGCUGGCAACGCCAUGAAGAAUGUCGCUGAGGCUGCAAAAGAAGCAACAGGCCAGGUCGCCGAUGGAGUUAAAGAUGCAUCCGGGAAACUGAGUGACGUAGUCAGCAGCUCGGGCUCGGGGUUCCUGGACCCCGAACACGUGAGAAAAGUUGGCUGGUUGAUGUUGGCGUCGGUUCUUGGACCAAAUUUCAAUAGACCCAGACCUGUGAUUCACUCAGCUGCUGGCAGGAAUCCUUACGCUUCCAUGACCGCUUCUGCUACUCCCCAUCGCCUCCCGACCAAUCUUCGACGACAGGUGCAGAACAAUCUUGGUAUAUUGUUACUGACAAUGACCGACUUGUUGGACUUUGAUGGACCAGACAUAGAGGGGGUACUUGAUUUGGACUUCGAGUUUCGUUAAAAUCUUACAUAAUAUACUAAAACCCACUUUGUGCCAUAAAACACUUUCUCAUGUACUUUCAUGAACAUGAGUCCUCGCUUGUCUUUCCUAUAAGUUCCAUAAUGAUAUGAGAUGAAACCAAAGUCUCAUUAAAAUAAACAGCGAAAACGAAACCAAAAAAUUAACAAAUAAUAAUUAUUAUAAAAAAAAAACGCCACAUCUCUGCAAAAGAGCCGUAGGAUACAGACUGCACGAUUAUUUGGAUUCUAUCCAUUUGUGAAAAUAAAAUCUUUGGUUACUCAAAAGCGACUCUUUAGAUGUGAUCGAAGGGAGACAAGCAGAUGUUUGUGUAUCUCAGCGUGUUACUACUCAUUACCGUUCUUAGAACUGAUUUAUUUCUUUCAGUGUGGACUUCUUUGAUUCAAAAAUGUUGCUAGAUUUUGAGUAAAUUGCAGCCUAAAAAACACAAAAAUUAUAGGCAACUAAACCUACAUCUCUUCCUCAGAGUUAUAGAACUUUGAUCUAAUGUGUUAAUUUGUCAUCUAUAUAUCAAUUUUAUGCCCUCAAACCAGUGUUCGAAUAUGUUACUAUCUAGCCAAAUAUAUUAAUAUCUAGCCAGUGUUCAAUCAGUUCAAAUAUGUUACUAUCUAGCCAGUGUUCAAAUAUAUGCUACUAUCUAGCCAGUGUUUAAAUAUGUUACUAUUUAGCUAGUGUUUAAAUAUGUUACUAUCUAGCCAGUGUUUAAAUAUGUUACUAUUUAGCUAGUGUUUAAAUAUGUUACUAUCUAGCCAGUGUUUAAAUAUGUUACUAUCUAGCCAGUGUUUAAAUAUGUUACUAUCUUGGCCUAACCAUUGUUUAUAUAUGUUACUUGCCAGUGUUUAAAUAUGUUACUAUCUAGCCAGUGUUUAAAUAUGUUACUAUGAUACUAUCUAGACCUAGCCAGGAUUUGAAUAUGUUACUAUCCAGACCUAACCAGUGUUUAAAUAUGUAACUAUCUAGCCAGUGUUUAAAUUGUUCUUGACCUAUUAUGUCUUGUUUUCUAAGGCCUAGAAUCAAAAUUGUUUUUACUUUUGAAAUGA